UAUUUGCAUUUUAGACGUAGAUUACGAAAUUAUGUUAAACUUUAGUUUCUGUAAGAAAUUUGGAAGAUUUUUGUUAAUUUUGCGAUGACGACCAAUGAAUUUUUCGGAAAAUCCAUUUUUCUGAGUAAUUGGUUUUCAAUAUUAUUGGUAACAUGUGUAGCAGUUUUGUUAAGGUGCCUGGUAGCUAAGUUUGAUGUUGCUAAAUACUUGUGGGGACACAAUAAUGAAGAAUUUGUGAGCGAUUUGACAAAUAAUAGCAAAGAAGGCGAUUGCGAAGAAUACCUUUCCGCUUUACCAGAAGUAGAACAUGUGCCUUAUUUUGGCGCCACAAUAACCUUACCGGGCGGUUCUAAGCAGUUUUAUGAAAUGGCUAAUAAUAGACAUAGCGUCCGUGCAUUUAAGCCGCAUCCCAUCCCGGCUUUUGAUGUUAUUGAAAACUGUAUUCUUGCUGCCGGCUGUGCCCCAAGUGGCGCACAUACUGAACCUUGGACUUUCUGCGUGAUUAGUAAUAAAGACUUCAAACAUCGAAUACGCCAUAUUGUCGAAAGGGAAGAAGAGAUUAAUUAUGCGCAGAGAAUGAGUAAACAAUGGAGAAGUGAUUUACGUCCUUUAAAAACGAAUCAUGUUAAGUCGUAUUUAACAGAUGCUCCUUACCUUAUCCUCGUCUUUAAACAAGUUUAUGGUUUUACUAAGUCAGGAAAGCGUAAACAACAUUAUUACAAUGAAAUCUCAGUCUCGAUUGCUGUAGGAAUAUUAUUGUGCGCUCUGCAAGCUGCAGGUGUUAGUUCGUUGGUAACAACACCCCUUAACUGUGGAGCCGCUUUAUGUCGCCUAUUAAAAAGGCCUAUAAAUGAAAAACUUUUGGUACUAAUGCCAAUCGGUUAUCCAUCAGAUAACUGUUUGAUCCCAAAUUUUAAACGCAAAGAAUUGAAAGAUAUUAUCUUUGUCAACUGAGAGACACUAAAGUUAAUUCUAUGAAAGUAAAAACAUUAUAGUCGACUCAUGGCCGACCAUCAAAUACCCUAAAUAGCUUUUUCUAUGUAAAAAAAUUUUUAUGGUAACGUACUAAAAAUUGCGCGAUAUGUGGACGUUAAGACAUACUUUUCGUGUGAACCGUUAUGCGGAAAGCACCGCAAACCGCUAAUUUAGCAAGGACAUCUAUCAUAAGCGCUCUUUCAAAGAAAAGCCACCUGUUAUAUGUGGCGUUCUCGGGAUCUCAUUUUCGAGUUUGCUUGCUAUAUGCACAAUAGGUGUGAGAAAUGCUGUUAAAUCAGACAUAGGCUAAAAAUUCGUGGUUUUGUUGCAUUGGCAGCUUAGAGUUGCAUUUAUGAGAGAAAACAGCUGGAAAUUAAAGUCAAAAUAAAUUAUUUAUUUACAAACAGCUAAACUAACACAGACGUUUCAAAUUGACAACAAUUAAUUUUUUUUUUCUUUUACUCUAAUUGUCUAAUUAAUACUCUUCAUUUGUCAAAGCUUGUAAUCAAUUCUGUAGCGUGAAUCUUUUCAUACACCAUCGCGUACAGUCGCUAUCAUUAAUCAAGAGCAAAGGAUCAACGAAUAAUAAAAAGUCAUUGCUCUACGAGAUAUAUU